GACCUUGAACCUCCUGCGCUGGACCCUUUCAACCUCCUUUUUGCAACCUCUCCACCAUCUCUCUCCACCGGAUUUCCUCUCCCAACAGAGAAGAACAGAGCAAUAAACGGAUACACCUGACAUUUGAUGCUCCAGCAAUGGCUUCACCAGAACCCUCUGCCCACGGAGCCGAAAAACUCGAUGACGACGACGUCAUCCCCCAACCUUCAUCCCGUUCGCCCACUUUGCCAGGUACUAGCCUGCUACUUUCACCAACGGACCUCCUGAUACUGGCAGCCUCCUUCUACCCUUUAACCCUUAUAGCUGGGUCGGUCUUCUCGGCUUGUUCGCCCUCGCCAGCAUCUGCAGACUCCCACUUCUCCCGCAAACGCAAUCCCUUCAACGUCUUCUUCGUCAAGUAUGGAUGGCUAUGGACUACUCUGGUCUUUCUAAUACACGCCAGCCGUCUUCGGUCUUCAUCAAAAGCUAGAGCGCUGUUACGGUAUGCCGUUGCAACUAUCUGGUGGGUUUUAGUUACCCGGUGGUUUUUUGGCCCACCGAUAAUGGAUCAGUUGUUUUUGGCCACGAGGGGCAAAUGUCAGCCGGCCGACCCUGACCCCAUGCAUGCAGAGGAGGAGGUGGGCACUGCUCAGAUGAUUUUCACCAGCGCUGCCUGUAAGGUUGCGGGUGGGAAAUGGAGUGGCGGUCACGAUCUUAGUGGCCACGUGUUUCUGCUUACUCAUGCUAGCUUGUUUUUGUGGAGCGAGCUUUUGCCCACCCUGAUACAUUCGGGAACUGCUGGGCGGGAAAGCGCAGGGGUUUCGUGGAGCGAGAUUUUUCCCAUCCUGAUCCGUUCGGCGGCUGCCAGGCGGGAAAACGCGGGCGGUUUGGCGCUACUAGUACUGUGGUGGUGGAUGCUGUUGAUGACGGGCGUAUACUUCCACACAUGGCUAGAGAAGGUUAGCUCCCCACUUAUAACUGGUAUUACGAGUGCUUUUGCGUGGUGUUAUACGGGUGCUAAUUAUGUCUUGAUGGUUAGGCAACUGGUUGGAUCGCCGGGAUAGCCCAAUGGGCGGUGUUGUAUGUGUGGGCACUGAGGUCGCACCCCACCGUCCGGAGCAUUUUUGGAGUUCCGGGUAUCUAAUUCUUUUGCCCAGUGUGGGCUAAUGGUUUCGCUGUUAAAGGUAGUGGUUGCGGAGGGAUAGACGGAUCGCUUUUCAGUUAUCAAUGUGACUUUUUAUUUUAUUUUUAAAUUUCAUUUUCCAUUCCCCCCCCUUUUUUUUUUACCAGUGUAUCUUUGUGUUUCUAAUCAUGUGGCCAAGUGUUAUGUUUAAAUCGAGCGCUCUGCUUCUAUGUAGGUUAGUAGGACCUGGGUUGUACAUGUAGAUAUCAUAAGAGUAGAUAUACCAAGUCUCUGGUAUUUCUCUUUCCCCGGC